AUGGCGGAUUCUGGCACCGAGAUAGUCGGAGGAGAUCUCCUGAGCGUUGUCAAAGAUGACUGCUCUCUGACAGAGGCCAUUUCUGAAGAGGGCGGCCUUACACCAGGGUCCUCUGUGGCUAAAGAAAGCCACAAAGCAGAGCCCUUGGACCAUGAAGAUUCCACCAAAGUCCCAUCAGUCAAGACCCCAAUUAUGGAAGCAGAAGGUUCUGACAAACACAGGAAAACCGCACUCACACCAACCGCCACGUGUACCGCCAUGUCUGAAAACAGCACAACAGAAGACGCUCAAUCCACCCCGCAGAGCCAAACUCUGACAGAAGGGAACGGGGAGAGCUCAGAGGCCACGUUUGGAAGGUCGGACGAGCAUAGCCAGUCUGCUACCACCGACUCUGCCUCCUUCUCCAUCCCCAGCCUGGAGUUCACCGAGGGUAACACAGGGAAUGACGAGCCAUUGUCAUCCUACUCUGCCCUGGGCAUCGAGGGCCGCUCCCCCUCUGCUGACGUCCCCUGCCUGGCCGAUGACGUCCUGGCUGACGCUGCUGCAGCCGCAGGCACGGGAGGAGCCACCGCCGCCCCGGACCCAGAGCCCAUGAUGCCGGCCUACUACUUUGUGAAAUGGAUCACCUGGAAGGAGAAGAAGACACCAAUCAUCACACAGAGUGAGAACGGGCCCUGUCCCCUGCUGGCCAUCAUGAACACCCUGUUUCUACGCUGGAAGGUAAUGUCGGACUGUAGAAACCGCUAUAUGGGACUAAUGGGGUCCAUGACUAUGCAUCUCAAUUGUCUUAAGUGGCUUUAGGCCUACUUCAUCUGCACUGAUCUCAAAACAUAUGAUAUGGUAAAGCACCAUAUUGUAGGACUAUUGGGGGAUUUUGAAUUCACUGGUCUAUUUUUUCAGAUCAGUGCAGAUCAAUGGAAGGAGCCAAAGAGAGGAUGCCACUUUAGACUAUUGAGAUGCACUUUUACUAUUGAGGGACUUCAUUGGCCUUCUUAAGGUGACUGAGAGUAAGGGUGAGGAUGACACACUCUGAGGAUGACAUCAGAGGUGUGUAUGCAGGCCAGAAUUAGUGACAUGACACAGGCGGGAGGGACGUUUCUAGAGGCCUUCUGAAUCCUAUAAUCUGUUUGUACCAUUAACAUCUUUCAAAAUUGAGCAACACAGAAUUUAUGUUCACAAAUGGCAGGAUGUCAGCUUCAGAGAAUCUAUUGUUUAAUGAACAUGGGUCAAGAAAAGUACUUACGAAUUAAAAUCUUGUGUGAUUUGUCCUCAGGCCAAGCUACCCGCCCAGACAGAAGUAAUCACCACAGAGGACCUGAUGGCUCACCUUGGUAAGAAACGAGGAAGUUAUUAACUGCACUUCCAUACAGACUUUGUUACACUGAAGUUAUUGCUUUGUAACUUCCAGUAAACAACACAUUUCAUACAUUACAUUGAGGUUGUCACGACACAUAUGAAAAUGCAACCAAUGCAUGAAAAUAUGAGUAACUAAAGAGACUGCAUAUUAUCAGGCUGUAAAUGAAAGAUCAUCACUGGCCCUAUGCUCCAGGAGCCAAGGGCUUAAGUCAUUGAAAGAUCUAGCAGAUUGGAAAAGCAGUCAACUCUGACCAUUACCAUGGAGAAAUACAGUGUAUUCAGAAAGUAUUCACACCCCUUGACUUUUUCCAUUUUUUUGUUUUACAGCCUGAAUUUUAAAAAUGGAUUCAAUUUAGAUUUACUGGCCUACACACACAAUACCCCAUAACGUCAAAGUGGAAUUAUGUUUUAAGAAAUGUUUACAAAUGAAUUAAAAGUGAAAAGCUGAAAUGUCUUGAGUCAAUAAGUAUUCAACCCCUUUGUUAUGGCAAGCCUAAAUAAGUUCAGGAGUAAAAAUAUGCUUAACAAGUCACCUUUCAGCAGGACAAUAACCUAAAACACAAGGACAAAUAUACACAGGAGUUGCUUACCAAGACGACAUUAAAUGUUCUUGAGUGGCCUAGUUACCGUUUUGACUUAAAUCGGCUUGAAAAUCUAUGGCAAGACUUGAACAUGGCUGUCUAGCAAUGCUCAACAACCAACUUGACAGAGUUCAAAUAAUUGUUUAAAGAAUACUGUGCAAAUGUUGUACAAUCCAGGUGUGCAAAGCUCUUAGAGGCUUACCCAGAAAGACUCACAGCUGUAAUCGCUGCCAAAGGUAAAUCUAACAUGUAUUGACUCAGGGGUGUGAAUACUGAUGUAAAUUAGAUAUUUCAUUUUCAAUAAAUUUGCUAGAAUUUCUAAAAACAUGUUUUCACUUUCUCAUUAUAGGGUAUUGUGUGUAGAUGGGUGUAACACAACAAAAUGUUGAAUACGUCAAGGGGUAUGAAUACUUUCUGAAGGCACUUUAUAUUAUAACACGCAUUUCUGUUUGGUCACUCGCUGUCUGAGAACCACAUUACCCAUUGUUUUUAUACUCCCGCAAUUAGUAUUUCUGUUGUUUCUGCCACAGGAGAGUGUGUAUUGUCCAUCAAACCCAGGGAGAAGGCUGAGGGAAUGGAGCUCAACUUUCAGCAGGUAAACUCACCUCUGUAUUUAACACACAAACAGACGUCUGUCCACUUGGCUUAUUUAUGACACUCUGCCUGUGUUGUCUGAACAUUUUUCGGAGCUGUGCGCAUGUGUGUGCGCAUUUGUGUUUGGACGUGUACGUCUGCAGGUGCAUGUCUGUCUGUGUCUAUCUCACAGGAGGUUGGUGGCACCUUAAUUGGGGAGGAUGGGCUCGUGGUAAUGGCUGGAGCGGAAUAAGUUAAAUGUUAUCAAAUACAUAAAACAAAUGGUUUCCGUGUGUUUGACGCCAUUCCAUUUGCUCCGUUCCGGCCAUUAAUAUGAACCGUCCUCCCCUCAGCAGCCGCCACUGGUCUAUCUUUUUGUAGCUGUGUGCACAUAAUUGUGUGUGUGUUUGGUUGGGUGUAAGGUACAGUGACACAUUUGUAAGGGGAAGUGGAGUCCACUGCAGAGGCAGAAGCCACGCAGGGAGCUGUUCUUACAGUAAAUGCAGCGCUGUCAUCAGUGCUAAGCCACAACAGCUGCCACUAGAGUAAGAUAAUAAUGAGCUUAGGGAACAACAAGGAUCAACAAAUACUGGACUGUAUCAACAUGUACAGGAAGGUGUAAGCCUCAAAAACAAAUAGGUGGCAAGGUAGGACUUGUGUGGAUGCAGCCAAUUCACUUAAUAGUCAUUAGCAGCUCUUUAAUACAAAGUGACUUACAGUCAACCCAUCUAUUCAGUAUGUGUGGCAUGCAGGAUGUUGUAAGCACCAUGAUCCAACCACCUGGCUCUGACACUUGAAAGCUCAGUUACAUGUGUUGUUCAGAGCUGUGGUUGUGUUCCACAAUCUGGUUCCUUUAGAGCUGACCCCAAUUAUUCAACUGGUCGAUUGUUUGGUCGAUAGGCUGUUGGUCGACAUUUUUUGUAUUUUUUUGUCGAGCAGUAGCAAAUAUAUAUAUAUUUUUUAUGGGACACGAGACACCGGUCUUAUUCGCGCCCAUCUCUGAACCUAAUCCAUUGUGGAGUCCGAGACUAAUCCAUUGUGGAGGCCGCGGGGAUGGCACAGUCCAAGAAGGGGAGUGUGGCUGCACAAUGCACGUCUCUCUCCAGAAUGCGCUCCCUCCCACCAAUUUGUGCACAUUCAUUGUUUCAUAACUUCAUUGUGUGAAUUGUUUGCGUUUGAUUGUUAGUGUCUAUCAAUUCCCCAUUACAUAGGCUAUAUCACCAGUAGUAUAUUUACCAAUAAUUCCUAUCAUUUCUAGUCUACAAUAUGUGUUUGGUUACGGUAAAGUCUGUUAAUGCAUUCGAUAUAUUAUUAUUCCAAUCUUUUACCGUUCUCAUUGUCGGAGUGGACACGUUGUUUGCUGAGCGCACAACCUAUGCUACACUUGUGAGAAACAAGUUUUGUUUUAUUUCAUUCCAUUUACGAGUUUUGUCAAUUUAGUCAUUGUCUUUUGUUUGGAGCUCACCUGUCAAUGUUGAGUAAGGACACGCACCUGAUUACGCAUAGAAGUAGUAGUAUAUGCUACCUGGCCUGCUCGCAGAUGUAGGCAUAUAAAUGUGCCCAUUUGGGGAUCUGAUAGUAUUUCUGAUUGGCUUAAUACACUACCACUAAUGAGCUGUGGAGUUUCUCAAAGUAAUGUUUUCUUCACAUUUACAUUACAUUUACAUUUACGUCAUUUAGCAGACGCUCUUAUCCAGAGCGACUUACAAAUUGGAUCUUCACCUCAAACAGCAAGCGAACAAAGUCUGUUUUUACAUCCAUUGAGAAUGACAAUAAUUCCUCAAUGUACACUGCUCAAAAAAAUAAAGGGAACACUUAAACAACAAGUCCAAGUCAAUCACACUUCUGUGAAAUCAAACUGUCCACUUAGGAAGCAACACUGAUUGACAAUAAAUGUCACAUGCUGUUGUGCAAAUGGAAUAGACAACAGGUGGAAAUUAUAGGCAAUUAGCAAGACACCCCCAAUAAAGGACUGGUUUUGCAGGUGGUGACCACAGACCACUUCUCAGUUCCUAUGCUUCCUGGCUGAUGCUUUGGUCACUUUUGAAUGCUGGCGGUGCUUUCACUCUAGUGGUAGCAUGAGACGGAGUCUACAACCCACACAAGUGGCUCAGGUAGUGCAGCUCAUCCAGGAUGGCACAUCAAUGCGAGCUGUGGCAAGAAGGUUUGCUGUGUCUGUCAGCGUAGUGUCCAGAGCAUGGAGGCGCUACCAGGAGACAGGCCAGUACAUCAGGAGACGUGGAGGAGGCCGUAGGAGGGCAACAACCCAGCAACAGGACUGCUACCUCCGCCUUUGUGCAAGGAGGAGCAGGAGGAGCACUGCCAGAGCCCUGCAAAAUGACCUCCAGCAGGCCACAAAUGUGCAUGUGUCUGCUCAAACGGUCAGAAACAGACUCCAUGAGGGUGGUAUGAGGGCCCGUAGUCCACAGGUGGGGGUUGUGCUUACAGCCCAACACCGUGCAGGACGUUUGGCAUUUACCAGAGAACACCAAGAUUGGCAAAUUCGCCACUGGCGCCCUGUGCUCUUCACAGAUGAAAGCAGGUUCACACUGAGCACGUGACAGACGUGACAGAGUCUGGAGACGCCGUGGAGAACGUUCUGCUGCCUGCAACAUCCUCCAGCAUGACCGGUUUGGCGGUGGGUCAGUCAUGGUGUGGGGUGGCAUUUCUUUGGGGGGCCGCACAGCCCUCCAUGUAGCCUGACUGCCAUUAGGUACCGAGAUGAGAUCCUCAGACCCCUUGUGAGACCAUAUGCUGGUGCGGUUGGCCCUGGGUUCCUCCUAAUGCAAGACAAUGCUAGACCUCAUGUGGCUGGAGUGUGUCAGCAGUUCCUGCAAGAGGAAGGCAUUGAUGCUAUGGACUGGCCCGCCCGUUCCGCAGACCUGAAUCCAAUUGAGCACAUCUGGGACAUCAUGUCUCGCUCCAUCCACCAACGCCACGUUGCACCACAGACUGUCCAGGAGUUGGCGGAUGCUUUAGUCCAGGUCUGGGAGGAGAUCCCUCAGGAGACCAUCCGCCACCUCAUCAGGAGCAUGCCCAGGCGUUGUAGGGAGGUCAUACAGGCACGUGGAGGCCACACACACUACUGAGCCUCAUUUUGACUUGUUUUAAGGACAUUACAUCAAAGUUGGAUCAGCCUGUAGUGUGGUUUUCCACUUUAAUUUUGAGGGUGACUCCAAAUCCAGACCUCCAUGGGUUGAUACAUUUGAUUUCCAUUGAUAAUUUUUGUGUGAUUUUGUUGUCAGCACAUUCAACUAUGUAAAGAAAAAAGUAUUUAAUAAGAUUAUUUCAUUCAUUCAGAUCUAGGAUGUGUUAUUUUAGUGUUCCCUUUAUUUUUUUGAGCAGUGUAUUUUAAAAGUCUUUCCAGCUCUCUCCCUUUCGAUAACCACUCAGCGUGAAAGGGAAAACUGUCAUGCUCUGAUCCAGUGGAAACGUCAUAAAAUAGGCCUACCUGAUUACUUCUUAUCACUUGCGCAAAUAGCCUACAGCUGUGUCUGUCCGAGCUCACUUGUGCAGGAAACUGAGGGCCCAGAAUAUUUAUACAAUGUUGCAAGGAGCUUUAAGCUAAUAGUUGAUACAAUGUUUCAAGUUCAUUGCAGACAGGCCAUGCAUUUUUUUAUCAGGAUAUUUUCUACCUGCAGGCUGCAAUGUUUUUAUUUGUUUGCUUUAUAGGCUAUUUUUACAUAGCCUAGUGGGCAGUAGAAGUUACUUUUUAGGUUUGUAUCAUUUUCAUUUAGAUUUGGAUCGAAUUUGAUUAACCACAUGACAAUGAUUUUGAUAUACGGAGACGUUAUUAUAAAUGAAAUGAAAAUGUUCCAUGAAAAUGUGCAUAUGAAAACCAUAACUGGCACGCAGAUCGGUAGAAAUGGUAAGAUAAAUUGGCAUUCCACCUGAGAAAGUUUGCUGACUCCUCGUGUAGCCUAUUACCGGAAACUUUAGAAGAGGAAUAGCAGAAUCUGAGAAAGGAGGAGGGUGGUCAGGACAGGUUAAGGUUUUUUUCUUCGGGUUAUCUUGAUCUCUGGCACCCUGUUGAGUAAUUUGUGUCAUAUUUCAUAAAACAGUGAGCUUAAAGCAUCAGACAAGCUCAAUGCAUAUAGUUGAUUUUAUUAAACAAAUAGGGUGUGUAUACAGUGUAUAUAUAUAUAGAAAAAUACACAUUUUAACAUUUCGACCAAUUGAUUGGUCGAAAGAACAGACUACUUCCGGUUGACCAAGAUGUAUUUUUAGUAGGGGACAGACCUAGGUUCAUUCAUUGCUAAACUCAGAGGAUUCUAGUUCACUCAAACACCAUAUUGUAGGAGUCGACAGUGACAAAGAAAUGAUAGGCAAAACAGAUGUGGACAGAUAUGAUUGAGAGUGCAGGUCUCUUGGAAACCCUUGUGAACUUUGUACUACAAAAUUAACCUGCAUAUCCACUUAGCCUUAUCGUACAGCAUUCUCAUUCCCAUACCAUACAUGCCACUGGAACUGAGGUGUAAACCAUAUGAGACAAUUAUUUAGGAACAGCUGAUACUGGACUUCUGUGCAACCAACUCUACAUUUUAUGCAAGUACGAUUCAAUUCCUUCUCAACUCAAAAUAUGAAUUCAAAAUACUCGUAGAAAAUGGUCUGAUCUUCAAUUCUAGAAGUUAAUCUCCCUUCAGUCUCUAGAUCAACUGUAAUCUAAACAGAAGUAACCCCCAACCCUGGUUUCCAACAUCUGUAGUUUUCUAAUAUAUAGUAAAAAAGAAUAAUCUUUGAAUCCGCAGAACAUGAGCGAUGCCAUGGCAGUUCUACCAAAGCUGUCCACGGGCCUUGAUGUCAACGUGCGCUUCACGGGCGUAUCAGACUUUGAGUACACACCAGAGUGUAUCGCCUUUGACCUGCUGGACAUCCCACUCUACCAUGGCUGGCUGGUGGACCCUCAGGUAAGCCACAUUGUAGAACAUGUGAAGGUAAAAGCCCUCCUUUCACAAUUAAUGCACCAAAUCCCAUGUUUUGAGCUUCAGUUUAAACCUAUUUUCUUUCUCCAGAGCCCUGAGAUGGUGGCAGCGGUGGGAAAGCUAAGCUACAACCAGCUGGUAGAGAAAAUCAUCGACUACAAGCAUUCGGCCGACAGCAGUCUAGUCAGUGAAGGUACAAAUCCUCACUUGGCAUACAUUUGAGUUGUCACUAACCCUUGUCCUGAUGGGCAACAGGUGGUGCAGACUUAUGUUCAAGCCCAGGUCUAAUACACUGGUUUUAUUGAUGAGGGUCUUGAUGGGAAGUUAAUCAUUUAAUCCCAAUUGCAUUCUGUACUCUCUCUCCCCCUCUCAUUCUCACAAGCAUACAUGUUCCCUUGGCCGUUUCCUCUGUAAUACAAUCAUGGACACUCUUACUGACAGUUGUCUCUACCUUCUUGCCUUUGUGCUGUUGUCUGUUCCCAAUAAUGUUUGUAUCAUGUUUUGUGCUGCUACCAUGUUGUGUUGCUACCAUGUUGUUGUCAUGUGGUGUUGCUACCAUGCUGUGUUGUUGUCUUAGGUCUCUCUUUAUGUAGUGUUGUGGUGUCUCUCUUGUCGUGAUGUGUGUUUUGUCCUAUAUUUAUAUUUUUAAUCCCAGCCCCCGUCCCCACAGGAAGCCUUUUGCCUUUUGGUAGGCCGUCAUUGUAAAUAACAAUUUGUUCUUAACUGACUUGCCUAGUUAAAUAAAUAAAAUAAAAUUCCCCUUACUCUCUUAUGCUGAUACUUCUCCGUCUCAGGUUUGGUGGCAGAGCAGUUUCUGGAGUCCACAGCGACCCAGCUGUCGUAUCAUGGACUUUGUGAACUCAACACUACUGUCAAGGAGGGCGAGCUGUCCGUAUUCUUCAGAAACAACCACUUUAGCACUAUGAUAAAGCACAAGGUGCGUGUGUGUGUGUUAAAGGAAUUUACCAAGGGCUCAAUCUAUAGGGUGCAACAUACAGAACAUUGCAGAUAGAAAUGUAAUAUAUAGAACAGACUGUAUUCUACUUGACAAAGAGAUAUGUAGCAUGUUCUGUAAUGUUCUUUCCUCAAGCGACCUGGAGUAGCACAACAUUCUCUAAAACGCUGCUCACCUCCCCUCAGUGACUGCCUUCUAACCUUUGACCUUGUGACCCCACAGGGCCACCUGUACCUGCUGGUGACAGACCAGGGCUUCCUGCAGGAGGAGGGGCUGGUGUGGGAGAGCCUGCACAACGUGGAGGGCGACGGCAACUUCUGCGGCUCAGACUUCCGACUGUGCCACCCACCCCAGAGGAGCGUCCUCGUGACACAGCCCGACGACCUCACGCCCCAGCAGCAGCAGAGACAGAUCGACCAGGUCAGUGACCCCCACUCCACCACACACCGCCACCGUUUUCAGUUUGAGAUGCACCCAGUUGAGAUGCACCCAGAGGCAGUGGGCAGUAUCUAAUGCGCCGCCGAGACAAUCUCCAUAUCUUAUGCUGCAGCUAGAUACUUAAAUGUUUUUUAUGGGUAGAACUGCCACGCUGUCUGUGUCUAACGUGAUCCUAACUUGAGAUCUGUAUGUACUGUAAAUCAUGCAUUGACGUUAAGGAUUUCAGACUCUAUGCACAUUUCCAUGACUACAGUCGUGGUCAAAAGUUUUGAGAAUGACACAAAUAUAAAUUUUCACAAAGUCUGCUGCCUGGCAAUUUGCAUAUACUCCAGAAUGUUAUGAAGAGUGAUCAGAUGAAUUGCAAAGUCCCUCUUUGCCAUGAAAAUUAACUUCAUCCCCAAAAAACAUUUCCACUGCAUUUCAGCUCUGCCACAAAAGGACCAGCUGACAUCAUGUCAGUGAUUCUCUCGUUAACACAGGUGAGAGUGUUGACGAGGACAAGGCUGGAGAUCACUCUGUCUGGACUGGAAGCUUUAAAAGGAGGGUGGUGCUUGAAAUCAUUGUUCUUCCUUUGUUAACCAUGGUGUGCCGUCAUCAUUGCUUUGCACAAAAAGGGCUUCACAGGCAAGGAUAUUGCUGCUAGUAAGAUUGCACCUAAAUCAACCAUUUAUCGGAUCAUCAGGAACUUCAAGGAGAGAGGUUCAAUUGUUGUGAAGAAGGCCAGGACCGUCUCCUAAAGUUGAUUCAGCUGCGGGAUCGGGGCACCACCAGUGCAGAGCUUUCUCAGUAAUGGCAGCAGGCAGGUGUGAGUGCAUCUGCACGCACAGUGAGGCAAAGACUUUUGGAGGAUGGCCUGGUGUCAAGAAGGGCAGCGAGGAAGCCACUUCUCUCCAGGAAAAACAUUACAUUUACAUUUUAGUCAUUUAGCAGACGCUCUUAUCCAGAGCGACUUACAGUUAGUGAAUACAUAUUAUUUUUGUAUACUGGCCCCCCGUGGGAAUCGAACCCACAACCCUGGCGUUGGAAACGCCAUGCUCUAUCAACUGAGCUACAUCCCUGCCGGCCAUUCCCUCCCCUACCCUGGACGACGCUGGGCCAAUUGUGCGCCGCCCCAUGGAUCUCCCGGUCGCGGCCGGCUACGACAGAGCCUGGAUUCAAACCAGGAUAUCUAGUGGCACAGCUAGCACUGCGAUGCAGUGCCUUAGACCACUGCGCCACUCGGGAGAUAUUCUGAUAUUCUGCAAAAGGUACAGGGAUUGGACUGCUGAGGACUGGGGUAAAGUAAUUUUCUCUGAUGAAUCCCCUUUCCGAUUGUUUGGGGCAUCCGGAAAAAAGCUUGUCCGGAGAAGACAAGCGGAGCGCUACCAUCAGUCCUGUGUCAUGCCAACAGUAAAGCAUCCUGAGACCAUUCAUGUGUGGGAUUGCUUCUCAGCCAAGGAGUGGGCUCACUCACAAUUUUGCCUAAGAACACUGCCAUGAAUAAAGAAUGGUACCAACACAUCCUCCGAGAGCAACUUCUCCCAACCAUCCAAGAACAGUUUGGUGACGAACAAUGCCUUUUCCAGCAUGAUGGAGCACCUUGCCAUAAGGCAAAAGUGAUAAUUAAGUGGCUCGGGGAACAAAACAUCAACAUUUUGGGUCCAUGGCCAGGAAACUCCCCAGACCUUAAUCCCAUUGAGAACUUGUGGUCAAUCCUCAAGAGGUGGGUGGACAAACAAAAACCCACAAACUCCAAGCAUUGAUUAUGCAAGAAUGGGCUGCCAUCAGUCAGGAUGUGGCCCAGAAGUUAAUUGACAGCAUGCCAGGGCGGAUUGCAGAGGUCUUGAAAAAAAGCCUUUGACACUUAUGGAAUGCUUGUAAUUAUACUUCAGUAUACCAUAGUAACAUCUUGACAAAAAUAUCUAAAAACACUGAAGCAGCAAACUUUGUGAAGACCAAUACUUGUGUCAUUCUCAAAACGUUUGACCACGACUGUACACAUUCACUCACCCCGUGGUGUAUGCUUGGUUGCCAGGACUACCUGGUGGCCAUGUCUCUGCAGCAGCAGCAGGGGGCGGCCCCGGGGCCCCUCAGUGACCUGGACCUGGCCAGACGGCUGCAGGAGGAGGAGUACCAGCAGCAGCAACAACAACAACAACAAGGUCCCUCCCAGGCCCCAGCACAGCAGGUAACCAACCACACUAUCAAGACUUUUACUAGAAGGAAAGAUAGUGCCCUCUCUAGGCUUUAAUUCAAUACUUCAACAGUGCUAGAGGCGUCACUACAGACCCUGGUUCGAUUCCAGGCUGUAUCACAAUCCGGCCUUGAUUGGGAGUCCCAUAGGGCGGCGCACAAUUGGCCCAGCGUCGGCCGGGGUAGGCCAUCAUUGUAAAUAAGAAUUUGUUCUUAACUGACUUGCCUAGUUAAAUAAAAUAAAUUAAAGAUAAACACAAUACAACAGUAUAGAGUCGAGGGGGAACUGCAGUGGGGACGCAAAUAAAAAAAAUAUUAUAUUUUUGUUAGGAACAGAAAAUGAAGUGUACAGAUUAUUGUAUUGCACAACAUACAACGUUUUUGAGAAAGAUUUGAAAAAUGCAAUUUUUAUUGAGUAUAUGUAUUUAUUUGUUUCUUUUAAUUUGGAUAAGAGAUGAAAAUGUAAUGAAUUUAAGGUUAUUUGUUAAUGUAAAAAUCUACAUUUACUGAUUUUUAAGAUUGUCAUUAGAUGUGGGGUCGCAAGAAAGUCUUGCAAAAAAAAUGGGGUCCCCUCUGAAAAUGUUUGACUGCUGGUAUAGACAAUUGGUAAAGAAAUAGUGCCCCCUUGUGCUUUUUCCAUCACACUACAAUUUAUUUGAGCAGAAAAUGUGGAGGACUCAUUGCAUUCUCUCACCACAGUGCAGUGUUGUACUUUUCUGGUACUAGGUUAAAAGACAACUUUCUGUUAUCUUUGAUUCAUAUAUUCUGAAAAAGUCCCCUUGAUCAUCACAAACGUCCUACAUAGAAGCUUGUCCAUUUACUGUAUGUUUGUUUUGCUUCCAGGGGAGAGGUCAAGCGGCGGCCCAGCCGGGAGGUCCGAGGAGACGGGAGAAAAAGGAUGAUUCGGAC